AGUGGUAGCAGUAUCCAACUGCACUCAAUUCAUUGCACUACAUUAGAUGGCCACUCGGAGCGCACCGUCCCGACUAUUAUCACUUUCUUUCUCUCGUUAACGAAAUUAUUUGUCCCUAAUAAAUUAAAUCAUCAAGUGCUUCAAUUAAAUAACAAAUUAUUGUCUCAAUUAAAAACUCAUCUCAACAAAUAUCUAAUAACGCUUCGAUUAAAAUUUAAUUUUAAUUUAUAAAUUUACAAAUAUUACGAGUUGUUGUGAUCACUGAUAAAUAAACUCAGGUGUGUUGAUCUCAUUUUUACUUAUUUAUUUGGACCAAAAACUGUUUUAUCCUGUGAUCCUGAUGGAAACCUGAGUUUAACCAAAAAAAGGACUAUAAACAUUCCGUAUAUUUGUUUUGCUAAUUUAAUUAAUUAUUCAUUGUCGUUAUUAUUUUUUAUUCAAUAAAAUUAUUUAAAUAAUUUUUACACGAGUGAUUACGUACAAUUAAUAAAUCUUGAAUUUAAAUAGAUGUAAUAUGAGGACGGAUUUAUUUCAUUUGAUAUAAGUUAUUUAUUAUUAUUAUUAUUGUUUUUUUUUAUUAGGAAUGUAAUAAAGAAAAGUGCGCGUGAGUGUGUGACCUCGUGGGAUUUCCACGCGCACCGGUGUCAAGUGAAUACUGACCUUCAAGGUCAACUGGUUAUAAUUGUUUUAAUUUAUAUAAAUAAGGAUAAUUAAAUAGAGUCGUGUGUGAUUAUAUGAUAAAUUAAACUUAUCUGAUUACAUUGUAGGAAAAAAAUUGUUUUUUUUUUUCUCUAGGAUCAGUUUAGUUCCGCAUUUAAUUAUUGUUGCAACAAAAGGGGUACGAGUGAUGUGUGAGUGCAUUGAAGUUGAUAAUAAGCUUGGGAAUAGAUAUAAGAAAUAAGGAAAAUAAUGAAAGUGAGGAGACAUAACUUCCGCCGAUAGGAGGAAGUUAUGGUGUCUUACCGGGUGCGAUGUCUGUGGCUGCACCCGUGGCAUCGUGGCACCGAGCCCACCUAUACAAGGCGCUCGCCUGCGUUGUUAUCGCACUUAUCGCACUGCAAUAUCUACUUAGUGGUGCUAUAGAUGGACACUCUAUUGAAACGAUGUUUACUAUUAAUGCUUCAAGAUAUACCGAGCGCUCAUUCAGAGGACAUCCACGGGGUUUGAUUAUUUACGGUAUCACUACAGGAGUACCAACUUAUUCGGUUGAGACAAACACAAACUUCACUAAAGAAACAAUGCAGACUGCUGUGGCACCUGAGGAUGUCAGCAAUGUCUCAAGAACGGAAACUAGUCCAACAAGAAAUACAACUUAUAAUGGACCCAACGUCACUGACUCAUCAGUUAUAAAACAAUGUCCUCUUAUUCCACCAAAUCUUGCCGGUCCCCUAGUUGUCAAUAAGAAUCCUCCAGAACUGUCAGUUAUCGAAAUGAAAUUGACAGACGUAAAACCAGGAGGCAAAGGUUCACCAGAAAAUUGUAAGCCCCGAUACAAAGUUGCCAUAAUAAUUCCAUAUCGAGACAGGCCUCAGCAUCUUCAAACGCUCUUAUAUAAUCUUCAUCCCAUGCUGCUUAAACAGCAAAUCGACUAUCAAAUAUUCAUCGUUGAGCAAGAAGGUAACGGACCAUUCAACCGCGCAAUGCUGAUGAAUGUAGGAUACGUUGAAGCACUGAAAGAAAAAACAUUUGAUUGUUUUAUCUUUCAUGAUGUUGAUUUACUACCAGAAGAUGAUAGAAAUCUUUAUACUUGUCCAGAGCAACCACGACAUAUGUCAGUUGCAGUCGAUAAAUUUAAAUAUAGAUUACCAUAUGCGGAUUUAUUUGGUGGAGUAUCAGCAAUGUCUCGGGGUCAAUUCCGGCUGGUAAAUGGUUUCAGUAAUAUGUUUUGGGGGUGGGGUGGCGAAGAUGACGAUAUGGCGAAUCGUAUAAAGGCCAAAGGGCUUCAUAUAUCACGAUAUCCACCUAAUAUCGCGCGCUACAAGAUGCUGUCACACAGGAAAGAAAAAGCCAAUCCACGAAGAUACGAAUAUUUGAAGACAGGUAAAAAAAGGUUUGCAACAGAUGGACUGACGAAUUUAAAAUACAACUUAAUUGAUAAGAAAAAGUAUAAACUUUAUACUUGGUUACUUGUUAAAUUGACGCCCCCUCAGCCCAGCUGAUGGCUACCAUGGUUUGGUUGAAGUUUUAUUCAGCCAACAGAUAAAACUUCAAAUCCAAAUAAAGUGAACAAACUUAAAGUAAAAACAAGAACAACAAAUAGUAACAAAAAAAAAAAAUACAAGGAAAUAAAUAAUUAAAGACAAAAGACUUGAUUUAAAGUUAAAUAUUAAUGAAUUUAAAAUUUAUGAAUGAAAGUGAAUGGUGUUAUUAAGCCGCGUUAUAAUCUGAGAUCCCAUAUUUUUUUAUUGCUUCCUUUAAAAGUUAUCACGUUAAUUAGUAUAACGACUUAGGAAAUGUAAAAAAAGGUAUAAAAUGAGAUGAUAAUUUUUAAACGUGCCAAAUAAAAAAUAAUAAUUAAACAGUGUCUUAAUAUUUGGAAAAAAGUUAAAAUAGGAAACUGUGGUAAUUUAAUUAUUGUAUUGAUAAUAAAAUUAGCGCGUAUUAUUUUGUUAUAUAUUUUUAUUUUUUAUUUUCCGUAUAUAGUGAUAGUAUUAUUAAGUG